AUGGGCGACUUGAUGGAAAGUGGGCAGUGGCUCAUAGAUUUUAUUGCGGAACAUGAAAUAGCACAGGGCAUCGAAGAUGCCGAGGACGAUAUAGGAUCAGCAUUAGAGACAGUCAUAAAACAUGUCGGAGAAAUUGGUCUAUACCAACGAAUGCUCUUUGUUAUUAUGAUGCCUUUUGGUCUGGUGUGGUCCUUCUCGUACUUCGGGCAGAUGUUUAUAACGGCAACUCCUCAGGAACAUUGGUGUCGUGUGCCAGAACUGGAUGGACUUAGUGUGGAUUUGAGGAGAUCUCUGUCUAUACCCAAACUAUCGGACACGGAAUACGAUCACUGUUUUAUGUUCGAUGCUAAUUGGACGCAAGUAUUGGAAACGAUGUUACCUCCAGAUGCAGAAACUCCAACCAUUCCUUGUACGAAUGGUUGGGAGUUCCUGUUCGAUGACAUACCGUAUUCAACUAUUGUUAACGAGCGUGAAUGGGUUUGCGACAAAUCGAGCCUAGUGCCUUGGUCACAGACAAUUUCCUUUUUUGGAUCCGUAGUCGGUGGGAUUUUAUGCGGAACCUUGGCUGAUAAAUAUGGACGUCUACCUGUGCUUAUAUUGGCCAACGCGUCGAUUGCGAUGUACUUUGGGGGCGGGUGCUUGUUGCUGCCCUGGUUAUCCUUAUGGAUAUCUGAUUGGAAGUUCCUGUCGGUUGCGAUGUCUGUACCAGCGGUGCUUGUGUUGGCUACACCAUUUGUAGUGCCUGAAAGUGCUCGGUGGUUGAUAAGCAAAGGUAAAACAGAUGAAGCAGUAAAGGUUUUAAGGAAAUUUGAAAAAAUUAACAAAUCAAAGAUACCAGACGACGUAUUAGAAAAUUUUAUUAUGGUAGCGAACAAAACUAAAGAAAAGUCUCAAAGUGUUUUGAUGAUAUUCAAAACGCCUUCACUUCGAGGGAUGGUGACAGCGCUGGUCAUCGCGUUCAUGGGCGUGGCGCUGAUGUUCGACAACGUCAUCAGGUUGUCUGAGAACCUCGGUCUCGACUUCUUCCUCACGUUCACCGUGACGUCGGCUACGGAGAUACCGUCUAUAAUCAUUCUAGUGCUGUUACUGGACAGGAUUGGCCGCCGAUUUUUCGUCACAGCCCCAAUGAUGAUAGCUGGAGUGUUAUGUUUGGCAGCCGCUUUCGUUCCUCGAGGCGCGGCGUCGGUGGCGCUGGCGGUGAGCGCGCGCUUCUUCAACAACAUGUCGUACGGCACGGUGAUCCAGUGGACGCCGGAGCUGCUGCCCACGCCCGUGCGCGCCUCGGGCGCCUCCUUCGUGCACAUCAGCGCCUUCGCCGCCGUCAUGAUUUCUCCCUUCAUUAUUUACUCUGAUCGCGUGUGGGAGGGUCUAUCGCUGAUCAUAGUAGGGGUGAUCGGUAUCGUGGCUUCCUGUGUGGCGCUGCUGGUGCCCGAGACGAAGGGCCGUCGCAUGCCGCAGACCUUGGACAACUGGGAGACCCUUGCCUCUACUACCUGCUUCUCUAAGAAACGGGAUGCAGCCGACAAAACACGCUAUAGAUGAUAUUGGCUUAAAU